UUGUUUUCAAAACAAGAUGUCAAGUAGUUAUUUGAAAACAUGAUGAAAAACUGCGUGAUCCGAAACCAAUUCUUUUUCAUUUUCACAGUUUUUGUUUUGUUUUCAUCAUCGCAAGCAUUAUUUGAUUGGAUCUUUGGCGCUAAAUCCGAAAGAUCAUCAGACGGAAAUUUGGUGAUGAGAAGUUCCGGACUGAAAUUUGAAGUGCAAACCGCCGAUGAUAAAUUUCUGCAGUUGAAGGAUGUCAUCGAAAACUUAUCAGAGUUGGAUUCAUGUAACCACAUUGUAGUGUACAAAUUAAAGAAGCGAUGUGGCGAUCUGUCAGAAGAAGACCUAGGCAAACUGGCCGUGCAGCUCCUAAACUGUCAGUCAUCCGUGGAACAGAGACCAAUAUACCCGUGCACAGAUGAAAUGGAGCUGGCAGAAUGUACAAAAGACAUGGACUCCACGACAUGGAACUCGUACCAGAUAGUGAACAACCGAGCGAGGGCGCUGUGUUACGCCACCCAGCAGCAGCAGUUCCGCAGACUGGCUGAGGUGACUGUCAAUGAGCUCAUGUCUUCAGCACAUGGACAACUGCAGUUUCUGAAAGAACUACAGGAUGGUCAAGAUCACCUACAACAGAUGACAUCGCAGACUGUAAGAGAACUGUACGAGUCCCAGAAGGACCUCCUUGGAACACAGCAGACUCUGAGGUCGGCACAGGAUGGUGUACUGGAACAGAUACAUGGAAAUAUGCUGGAGUUGAAGCAUGAGAAGGCCAUGAUAGCUGCCGGAAAUAAAGAGCUGGCAGACUUGUCUGAAAAUAUCAGGGAGAAGUUGGAUAAAGCCACAGAACACUUGCAGAAACAAGAGGCAACCCAGUUUGAGAGUCAUGAGAAAAUAGUGGCCGACCUCACACAUAUACAGCAGAAGUCACAUGAUGCUUUGAACAAACUAGAUCAGAGUUCCGAGCACCUCUUACAAAACCAUGAAGAGAUGGUAGGACACUAUGAGCGCAUGUACACCAACAUGGUUCGCAUCAACUCCACAGUCGUCAACCUGCUGGCCACGGUAAACAUGAUGCAGAGGCACCUGGAUGAGAGAAUCAACUGGUUCUCUACUCUUCUACAUAUGGCAGAUGACAAACUCUCCAUUUUGACCUGUGGAGCUCUCCACAUAAGCUACUUCCUGUUUGCCGCCCUAGCGGCCUCGUUCCUUCAGGCUCCACCAGCAACGAGGGUGGCAUUGUUUACACUAGUUUCAUUGAACGCAACCAUGGAGAUUCAGUGCGGACACAGUCUAGACUUCGCUUCUAUAACACUGUUCUUGUUCUUUGUUUGUGGAGUAAAUUAUGUAUACAUCUGGUGGAAGAGAAAACACAGACAGAAUUCAGCCUCAGAUCCGCCAUAUUUCCUGUCCGGCUCCCUGCCUGCUCCAGGCCAGACUGGUUCUCAGGAUGCAGAAGAGACUAACCAGUCACCUGACACCACCACCGCUGGUUCCCCUCAUGAUAUACCUCUAUCACCAGUGGAAAUAAAGCAGCUGACAACCAACCUUGGUAGACUGUAUCACUCUUUAAAUGAGAGUGUUGCAUCAGAAACCUCACCAGGGCCAAGAGGUGACCGGUCAAGUAAAACAGCUGACCACUCCAGCCAGCUUGACCGUCCAUCCACCAGUGCGUUCACACCAUACAGACGUCCGGAGCAGGCUAGACCAGACUCAUCUACAGUUACAAUGCAGAGAGAUGAUAUAGCGAAGGUGAAAAGAUAUUUGGAGAAUCUUGAUGAGAACACGUCUGUCAGUGAAUUUGAUAUGUCAGAAACAAGAAACAACAGUGGCGCAAGGUUCCGCCAUUCGACACCCCACAGACCUGCAUCAAGGGGAUCUACAUCCACAAAUCGCUCCUAUUGCCAGGGGAUCACAAAGACAGGCACUCCCUGUAGGUCAGGCUGCACUAAUGGUUCCGAGUUCUGCCAUAGACACAGAGGUCAGGGGUCAGCAACCUGAUGUCAAGGUCAAGGACAUUUCUUUCACCUUAAAGCUAAUGUUGAACUAAAUUAUUCCGUAUGAAAUUGGCUCUAGUUUGUUGCUCAACAAUAAGUGACCUAAAGUUCUGCCACAGACCUAGAGGUCAGAGGGCAGCAGAUUGUGUUCAAGGACUUCUUCAACACUCAUAGAGGUCAAAGAUCAAUAGAUGAAGGUCAAGGACUUCUUCAACAGACAUAGAGGGGAAAGAUCAACAUAUUGACAUGGAAAUUUAUUCAUGAUAUAAAUUUUCUGUUUGUUUAUCUUUUAUUUUUCUUGUUUAACAUUUUGUUUAUUUGAGAUUGAAAGGACCUAAAAAGAGUUACAAUAUCAUAUUAAAACAUAUACAAGUUGUAAGUUUCAGGUAUGCAUACAUCAACAAUACUUUAAAUGUGUUAUGUCUAAUAGUAAUAUGUAUCCAUAAUGACUCAUUAUCUAUAGCAAAAAUGAGUUCAUCCAAAGGACCAAAGCAAAGUAUCCCAUAACACCCUGCUCUCAGCUAGUGUAUAUCGUGAGGUCUAAAUAGAUUCACAUAACUGUCCAAUUUCCACACAGUGCUAGACAGGUUUUGACAACAUUUUAAAUAAAUACAACUUUGAUACUUGAUUUCUUCUGAUUUUUAGAUAACUCUUGACAACUUCUGCAGGUUUAAGAACACAUUUGUAGAGAAAUUAAAACUGUUAAAAAUGUUUAGAUAUUAACAUAGAUCAGACUGCUUUCAGUCCCUUAAGAUAAAUUUGUUGUAAGGUAAAUAUUGAAAUAUUAUUAGACACAUAGGUCAAAGAUAAUCAACUAGUUAUGUUCAAGGGCAUUUUAUAACUUUUGAGAUAAAACCCUUGAAGAGUUUAAAUAAUCAUGUAUAAGGUUUGUUGUUUCUUGUAAAGCUCAUGAGCUUGCCAUAUACCUAGAGGUCAGGGAUCAUCAUUGUAAUGCUAAGGUCAAGGACGCUAGUUAGAUUCUCAAACAAAAAUGCCUUGAAGCUUUUGUAUUGUUAAGAGUAUACUUAUUUAAAGGAAAUGUUUAAGAAAUGCCUGAAUGCUCAGACAAAUUCAAAGAGGUUAAAUGCCAUUUGAUAUAAUUUUGACCUUGUAUCUGAAAAAUGAAUAUGAAUAAACUUAAGCAUAAUACAUAGAUAGUAUGAUGCUGUGGUUUGAUUUUAAUGUUGGAUGGUAUAUCAACUAUUCAAGAUACAUUCCAAAUAAAUCACUUAGAGAUCAAAACUGUACAUAAUAUAUAACAUGUACCGGGUAUAACGUGUUGAUUAAGAUACUUUUUGUACAUUCAUAUAUGUCAGUAUGAUUAUUUCAUUGUUUGACUGUCUUUUUUGGCCAAACUAUUUUGUAUAGUUCAUAGUACGGAAUAUCUGUAUAUGAUUUACCAGUAUGUUUUGCAAUUUUAAAUCAUGUUUUCAGAUCAUAUAUGUUUAAUAUAACUGAACAAAAAGUUAGUUUAAAGAUUGUUGUUGUUUUUCAAUGUUAUUCUCAUGUUUUGUCAAGCAGACAAAAAUAUUAAGUAUGUUUUUGCUGAGCAUAUAACUAAAUUGAAUAUACUAGUAAUUGUUCUGUAACUAAACCAUACUGGUGUUAUUUCUUUAUAUUUUAAGGAGAAAUCAAUAUUCUUUUAUUUUUUGUCUCUGUUAGCUUGCUUAACAGUUUUUUUUCUGUUAUAUGUAUAAAUGGUUAAUAUGCCAUGUGUUUCAUUGAUUAUAUCUUUAAUGUGUUUCUGAUCCAUCGAAAAAUCUGACCCAAGGGCAUUUCCAGAAGCCAGUUACAGGGCUUGCUAUUCAAUGUUAUAGCUUUAUUGUUUCCCUAUGCAUUAAUGAACUAAGGCAGUAUUGUUGUUAAGAGCAUUUUAUGUAGUGUUAGGAUCAUCUCAUGGGGUGAUAGGAGUAUCUUGUGCAGUGUUGGGAGCAUCUUAUGCAGUGUUUUGAUCAUCUCAUGCAGUGUUAGGAGCAUCUCAUGGGAUGUUAGGAUAAUCUCAUGCAGUGUUAGGAGCAUCUUAUGCAGUGUUAGCAUCAGCUCAUGCAGUGUUAGGAGCAACUCAUGGGGUGUUAGGAUAAUCUCAUGGGGUGAUAGGAGUAUCUCAUGCAGUGUUAGGAGAAUCUUAUGCAGUGUUAGCAUCAGCUCAUGGAGUGAUAGGAGUAUCUCAUGCAGUGUUAGGGGCAUCUUAUGCAGUGUCAGCAUCAGCUCAUGGAGUGAUAGGAGUAUCUCAUGCAGUGUUAGGAGCAUCUUAUGCAGUGUCAGCAUCAGCUCAUGGAGUGUUAGGAGUAUCUCAUGCAGUGUUAGGAUCAUAUCAUGGAGUGUAAGGAUCAUCUCAUGCAGUGUUAGGAGCAUCUCAUGCAGUGUUAGGAGCAUCUCAUGCAGUGUAAGGAGCAUCUUAUGCAGUGUUAGGAGCAUCUCAUGCAGUGUUAGGAGUAUCUCAUGCAGUGUUAGGAGCAUCUUAUGCAGUGUUAGCAACAUCUCAUGCAGGGUUAGGAGUAUCUUAUGUAGUGUUAGGAGCAUCUCAUGCAGUGUUAGGAGUAUCUCAUGCAGUGUUAGGAGCAUCUUAUGCAGUGUUAGGAACAUCUCAUGCAGGGUUAAGAGUAUCUUAUGUAGUGUUAGGAGCAUCUCAUGCAGUGUUAGGAGUAUCUCAUGCAGUGUUAGGAGCAUCUUAUGCAGUGUUAGGAACAUCUCAUGCAGGGUUAGGAGUAUCUCAUGCAGUGUUAGGAUCAUCUCAUGCAGGGUUAGGAGUAUCUCAUGCAGUGUUAGGAGUAUCUCAUGGGGAUGUUAGGAUCAUCUCAUGGGGGGGGGGUGUCAGGAGUAUCUCAUUCAAUGUAAGGAGUGCCUCUUGCAGAUUGAUGUCUAUACAUGUAUAUAUAUAUAUAUAUAUAUAUAUAUAUAUAUAUAUAUAUGUGUGUUGAAGUUGAUGUUUAUGAGUGACAUGAUAAGUCAUGUUUUAGUUAGAUUUAACAAUUUGUCCUGUUAUUUGUUUUCUCUGAACAUACGUUCUGUUGAUCUUUAUUUUUCAUACAUACAGAGUGUACACUGUAAUAAUGGGUGCUACAUUUUUACUGGUAUGGAUAUAUAGAUUAAGGAAAGAGUAAUGACCAAAUUUGAAAAAGAGUAUGUACUAUAAAAGGGCAUAAAUAAAUUUGUUAUUGUAUAAUUCCCAACCAAACUACAUCAAUUUAACAUUAAAAACUGCUGAAUAAAAGGUGCUAGAAGUUGCUUUUUGAUAUUAUUACCAAAAUGGCGUGCUUUCUUAAAUAGAAUUGCAAUUUUCUUUAUCAUAAUCUAAUAACAAUUUCUUCUACUUAGAAGUAAAAACUUUAGUUCUAAUAUCAUGUUCUUACAAUUAGUAUAGUUUAUGUGGUAUAUUUCUGAUCAAUCCAAACUAUAUUCAACAUAUAACAAUACUGUAUCGAGUGCAUCAUGUACUAUAUGUCUCAAGUAUUAACGAAUCGCUUUUCUCAUAUUCCCAUAGGGUGAUAAAUAAUGAAAUGCUAUUAUGCUACAUAUCAAAUGUCCUGCUAGAUUGUUUACAUGCAUCGGAAAGACAUGUUUAUGCCAAUUCUUUCAAAGUUUAACUUUUGAAUAAAGAUAAAUUAAAGAUUAUUUUUCUUUUCAAGAAUGGCACAGGGCAGGACACCAAGGGCUAACAGUUUUCAAAGUUCGUAAAACUCAAAACAGCCAUGGUUUAUAUCUAUCACAUUUCAAUAUUUAUAUCUGACAGCUGCACUUGCAACCUCGUCUAUCACAUCAUUUGCCCCAUCUUUAUGGUUCAAGUUUGUUAAAAAAUCUCUUCAUAAAAGCAUUACAAUUCCUUAUUGAUUGUUUCUUUUUUCUGGAACACUGAUAAGCCAAUGAGCUGUUUGUAUUCCACUAGUUAGCAGUAAGAGAUGCAUAGGAUUAUGAUUGUAAAAGCGCUGCUUAUCUUUUAAAUUGUAAGGAAAAAAACCUUUAGUUAAUGCUAGUUCCGAAAUAUAUACACCUUGACCAAAGCAUCCAUUAUGUAGUCUGGGGAAAUAUGAUGAUAAAGAAUGUGUUGACCAUUAUAUCUAUGUUUUGUUUCGUAUGAUUACAUGCCAUUGUCAAGAAUGAAAUACAAUGAAAACGCUCA